CGGCCAUGGUGCGGCGGCGGCGGCGGAGACCGAGCGAUGGCGGCGGCCUCGGGGGCGCCGUGGUCCUCUUGGCCCUAGCUUUGUGCGAGCUGCCGGGGGCCCGGGGCCGGGCGCUCGAGUGGUACUCGGCCUUGGUGAGCACGGUGUACGUGGACCCGCUGACGAACGCGACGGUGCAGGGCGCCACCGAGAGCGGCCGCUACGGGGACAACUCGCCCAAGGAGAGCCUGCAGGGCCUGGUGGGCAUCCCCCGCUCCCCGGGCCGCGACCGGAAGGGCUGCGCGCCCGACACCCGCUACUACGUGCCCCCGCUGGGGGGGCGGGCGGCCGGGAGGCGCGAGCCCUGGAUCGCCCUGGUGGCCCGCGGGGACUGUACCUUCAAGGACAAGGUGCUCAACGCCGCCCGCAGAAACGCCUCGGCCGUGGUCAUCUACAACGAGGAGCACUACGGCAACGGCACCAACUCCAUGUCCCACCUGGGGACAGGAAAUACAGUGGUAAUUAUGGUUAGCUAUCCAAAAGGAAUAGAAAUUUUGGGGCCAGUACAAAGAGGAAUUCCAGUUAAAAUGACCAUAGAAGUUGGUACACGUCAUGUGCAAGAGUUUAUCAGUGGUCAGUCUGUUGUGUUUGUAGCCAUUGCUUUCAUCACCAUGAUGAUCAUAUCAUUAGCCUGGCUAAUAUUUUACUACAUACAGCGUUUCCUAUAUGCUGGUUCACAGUUUGGAAAUCAGAACCAUAGAAAAGAAACAAAGAAAGCUAUUGGGCAACUUCAGCUUCAUACUGUAAAGCGUGGAGACAAGGGAAUUGAUGUUGAUGCUGAAAAUUGUGCAGUGUGCAUUGAAAAUUAUAAACCAAAGGAUAUUGUUAGAAUUCUGCCAUGCAAGCAUAUUUUUCAUAGAACAUGCAUUGAUCCUUGGCUUUUGGACCACCGAACUUGUCCAAUGUGUAAACUUGAUGUCAUCAAAGCCCUAGGAUACUGGGGAAAUCUUGAGGAUAUACAGGAUAUGACAGUUCCAGAAUCCAUACCUGGUAGUGUUUCAGUUGUAAAUUUGAGCGUCACUUUACAAGAUGAAGACAGAAGUGAAGUAAAUAGUUUGCCAUCAUCUUCUACAGAUGGAUCUGGGCUACAGUGUAACAACUUUAAAGAUGAUACAGGGGAAAAUACGGCAUUACUAGAGAGAGAUGGCAACGAUGCUCCACAGGAAGAGCCUGGCUGCUAAUGGACGUUUCCAUUCAGUAGCUUCACAGCAGCUUUUUGGACUGCAUUAGAGAACAUUUUAUUUUUUUAUCUUAUUAGCACACACUUUGUACAUUGGAAAAAUUAUGUAUGUUCUUUUAUCUUUCAGACUUUUCUAGUUCUUAUUGUAAAAGGGCUAAGAUAUUUUGUUCAAAAAGGAAAGGUUUUUAAUUAGUUUUCAUGUUGACCUGCUGAAAAUGCAUUUUCUGUUUCGAAGAAUUUUGUCAUAUAAGACUGUUACAGAAACUGUAACUUAAGAAAGAAAUUGUAAUGUAAAAUAUUGGUGUCAUCAUUUCUAAAAAAAACACCACAAUAGUUAAAGUAUAUGAAAUAUUAUUUUUCUGAAAGUUGACUUAAGAAUAAGCACAAUUUAUUUUGAUAUAUAUAUAUCUUGAUUGUGGCAUUAUGUAAUUAAAUGUUUUCCCUGGAGGAAACAUUUUAGAGGUUUAGGGAAACUUGUUUAAGUUCAUAACACUAUUGUCUUUGUGUGUCUUGUAUGUAAAUAAUUCAGAACUUAGCUAGAAAUAGGUUAUUUUCUUUUACUAGUUGAGAUUAUAAAAAACACUAACUACAAUAUGUAUUUUUUCCUGUUCCUUGUGACAUCUUGCAGUGGGAAAAGAAGGUUGUUGACAGAAUUUUCUAUAAAUAAAAGGAAACACUUUAGAUUCUCUUCUACCUCA